UGGGGAAUGUCGCUAUGAAAUAACCGACGGUAUAUUGCUACGAGAAGGUCUACGCGAACCAGACUUGGACAACUACUGUGCCAUCAUUAUGGACGAGGCUCACGAGAGGUCGCUGUCUACGGAUAUGCUCUUCGGCCUGUUGAGAGAGGUGGUAGCCCGGCGCAGCGACCUCAAGCUUAUCGUGACCUCCGCCACCAUGGACUCCUCCAAGUUCUCCACCUUCUUCGGGAACGUGCCUACCUUCACCAUCCCCGGACGGACCUUCCCCGUCGAGACCUUAUUCGCGAAGAACGUUUGCGAGGACUAUGUUGAUGGCGCUGUUAAACAGGCCCUGCAAAUCCAUCUUCAGCCGGAUGAAGGUGACAUCCUCAUUUUCAUGCCCGGACAAGAGGACAUCGAAGUGACUUGCGAGGUCUUAACGGAGCGUUUAGCCGACUUGGACAGCGCCCCUCCUCUGACAGUGUUGCCAAUUUACUCUCAAUUACCAGCAGACUUGCAGGCCAAGAUCUUCCAACGCGCGCCGCAAGGGUUAAGGAAAUGUAUCGUCGCCACCAACAUUGCCGAAACCUCGCUGACCGUGGACGGAAUAAUGUACGUGAUCGACUGUGGCUAUUGUAAACUGAAAGUGUACAACCCUAGGAUCGGUAUGGACGCACUGCAGAUUUACCCAGUGAGUCAAGCCAACGCCCGGCAGCGCGCCGGGCGCGCCGGGCGCACGGGCCCCGGCAAGGCGUUCUGCCUCUACACGCAGCGCCAGUACACGCACGAGCUGCUCGCCUCCACCGUGCCUGAGAUACAGCGGACUAACUUGGCUAAUACAGUUCUCCUGCUCAAGUCAUUGGGAGUUGAGGAUCUGCUUGCGUUCCACUUUAUGGAUCCGCCGCCUCAGGACACAAUCCUAAACUCGAUGUACCAGCUGUGGAUCCUGGGCGCGCUCGACGGCACGGGCGCGCUGACGCCGCUGGGCCGGCAGAUGGCCGAGUUCCCGCUGGACCCGCCGCAGUGUAAAAUGCUCAUCGUCUCCGCGGAGAUGGGGUGUAGCGCGGAGGUGCUCAUCGUAGUAUCAAUGUUAUCGGUACCGUCCGUGUUCUACCGCCCACAAGGGCGGGAGGAGGAAGCUGAUGCAGUCAAAGAGAAGUUCCAAGUGCCCGAGUCCGACCAUCUCACCCUGCUGCAUCUGUACAACCAGUGGAAAUCUAACAAUUACUCAAGCUCCUGGUGCACGGAGCACUUCGUGCACGGCAAGGCGAUGCGUAAAGUGCGCGAAGUUCGACAACAACUCAAGGACAUCAUGCAAGCGCAGAGGCUCCCUCUAGAGUCGUGCGGGACAGACUGGGACACUGUGCGGAAAUGCAUUUGUUCAGCGUACUUCCAACAAGCGGCCCGGCUGAAGGGUAUCGGCGAGUACGUGAACAGCCGCACGGGCAUGCCGUGCCACCUGCACCCCACCUCGGCUCUCUUCGGGCUCGGCGACUCGCCCGACUACGUCGUCUACCACGAGCUCAUGAUGACCAGCAAGGUGAGGCAUACGUGUGUACCACGAGCUCAUGAUGACCAGCAAGGAGUACAUGCACUGCGUGACGGCGGUGGACGGGCGCUGGCUGGCCGAGCUGGGCCCGAUGUUCUUCUCCGUCAAGGAGACCGGCAAAUCAAACCGCGACAAACGCAAAGAAGCCGCAGUUCACCUCCAACGCAUGGAGGAAGAGAUGAAAACCGCCGAGCUCAAGAUGGCCGAAGACAGGAAGUUAAAAGACCAAGACGUUCCCAUCAAGCAAGAAAUCGCCACGCCGGGACUCAGCACACCGCGACGCACGCCUGCGAGAUUCGGUAUCUAGGAUAAUAUGAGGAAAAGUUUCUGCUAAAAAUGUUAACACGCUGUUAUUACAGACUACUUUACAUCCCCAAUUCGGCAAAAAAAGGACGUCUCCAUCAAGCAAGAGAUCGCAACACCGGCAUUAAGCACACUGAGGCGCACGCCUGCGAGAUUCGGUAUCUAGGAUAAUACAGGAAGUUUCUGCUAAAAAAUAUUACAAAAAUAUUAUGAGUGUCAUGACCGACUUCUUUUCAUCCCCAAAUUGGCAAAAAAAGGCAGAAAAUAGGAAACUGAAGGACCAAGACGUCCCCAUCAAGCAGAUCGCAACACCGGGAUUAAGCACACUGAGGCGCCGCAUUCGGUACUUAGGAUAAUACAGGAAGUUUUUGCAAAAAAAUGUUACAAAAAUACGCUGUUAUGACCGACUACUUUACAUCCCCAAUUUGGCAAAAAAUAGCAAAAGAUGGGAAACUGGAGGACCAAGACGUCCCCAUCAAGCAGGAGAUCGCAACACCGGGAUUAAGCACACUGAGGCGCCGCAUUCGGUACUAAUAGGAUAAUACAGGAAGUUUCUGCUAAAACAUGUUACAAAAUACGCUAUUAUGAGUGUUAUGACCGACUUCUUUACAUCCCCAAUUUGACAAAAAAUGGUAGAAGAUUGGAAACUGAAGGACCAACAGGUCCCGAUCAAGCAGGAGAUCGCAACACCGGAAUUAAGCACACAGGCGAGAUUCUGUAUCUAGGAUAAUAUGAGGAGAAGUUUCUACUAAAAAUGUUGACAUGCUGUCAUUACAGACUACUCUCCACGUUGUAAAUGUGGACGCAAAUGGAAAAUACGGCCGCAUCCCAUUCUAAAUAAGUACGGGAACAUACCGCAGUGAAGGUGUUAACAAACCUUUUAUUUCUUUAGUAUAGUAUUUACUUCCCCAAAUUAUGAACUUUAAAUCGUCUUACUUUUGACUUUAUUUAUAUCCCUCAAGACAUAAAUGUAGACACUUUCUCUAUGUUACAUUAAGUUACAAUAUAUUUUAAUUAUUAGGUAUUUUAUUUAAGUGAUCG